GGCUAUAGCUAGAUGCCGACGUUUUGGUAUUAUCGCCGUUAUGGGCGUAAUAUCUAUUACUCGGUUUUAAUAUGCAUAGCAAAGGUUGUUUUUCUGCAGUUGCCAUUUCUCGUUUCUUUUGCCCCCUUUCCCGUAUCCCCUUUCGCACUCCUUGGCUGCCAGCUCGGGGAUUUGAUCUAUGUGCAAUGGCAUAUUACUCGGCUCUCCCAUCCGCUGGCUCUACGUCGCUAGGCUUACAAGAAAGGCAGCAAAUUGGUGAAAGCCAGCCGAUGAUACCUGAGAAGGAGUUUGAAGACGAGACCGCAAUUCCGCAGAAACAAGUUCGCCGUGCUUCUCAGUCGAUUCUUCUCUGGAUCCCACAUCUCCUCCUCAUUGUCACCUAUUGCGGUGUCAUACUUACCUGGUCUGGCUUUAGGCCUCAUUCGCGUGGGGCCGACUGCGCUUCGCUUUCCAACGGGCCGGUGGAGCACUGGGAGGCAAGGUUUUUGGGGACAUUCUCCGAGAUUGGCGACUACUUCAAUGUUUCGACGACAACAGAACCUACACCCGGGGCACAAGCGGCGUGGCAGCGUGUUCAAGAAGACCAGAUCAAGCCCGUAAGGAGGAAGGAUGCCAACUCCGUCCGAAUCAAUCGGGCAUACAUAACAAGUCACGAAGCCGGAGACCCGCGGGCUCUCUCUCAUAUUCACAGACUCCACUGCUUGCACGUCCUUUGGAGACGUUGGCACGGGCAGAUAACGGAAGAGGAAACCUUGGCCGGCAUAGCCAAGGAAGAGCACGACGGUAUGAUACGCACCUCGGGGCUCGGAUAUGUUAGAAAAGGGCAAGAUAUAACUGACGACCCUAGUCAUCAAGAAGGUCGGCUGGACGGGAACUAGGAAUAUCCGCGAAGGCUGGAUAGACGUGGCUGCGUUCUGUGAGGACCCCGAGCUUAAGGGGGUUGAGGUUGGAAAUAAAAAUGGCGGUAAAGGUGUCGAGUCUUAGAAGUGCCCUUCUUCGAAUUAGUAGCUUGCUCAAUACCCUUGUUCUUCGGCUGCUCAGUUAUUAAGGUCUAGCCGCACAUCGAUAGGCAACUCUUAAUAACAGGGCCGUAAGGAAUACAUUCUCCCGUUAUAUUCUUGCUCCUUCUUUGGCUCUUGAUACUUUCUCCUCUCCCCUCUUCGUGUCUUGGUAUAGUUCCGUCUGCUGAGCCUAGUCUCCUGGGCGGCUCUAAUGUCUCAGUGGCUACAACGCGUAUUCUGGAUGACUUCGGUAACUACACCAACUAGGUACGCGCAUUAUCCCACUAACUGGUGUUUCU